AUGGGAGAAACAUGGAAAACACAAAUAUUAGAUCGAAUUAAGCAAAGAAAUAUAAAUCAAAAUGAAAUAUAUGAAAAUAUAUUAUCUUCUUAUAAUUUGUUAGUUGAAGAAAAAAACAAAUUGUUGGCAAUUAUUGCAUCAUUAACAUCAGAUAACAUUUAUAUACGAAAUAAUAAAAAUGUAAAACCUUUAUCACAUGAACAUGAUCAUAUAACAAACCCAAAUAAUAAUAAUAAUAAUAAUAAUAAUAUGAAUAAUAACAAUAUGAAUAACGAUUUCAGUUAUUCUCAUAUUGCCAAUUUAUUAAAUUUUUCUAAAAAAUAUACAAAUAUUUCAUCAUAUAAUAAAAAUUUGGAUAAUUAUGAAAAUAUAAUUAAUACAGAAGAUUUAUUAGAAGCUGUUAGAGAACGAAAAAAAAACGAAGAAAUUAUUUAUAUUCUCAAAAAUAAAUUAAAUGAAAAAGAAAAACUUUUAAAUCAUUUAACAAAAGAAAAAAAAGUAUUAAAUAAUUGUAUCAUUAAAAAAGACGAAGAAUUAUUUAAAAAUAAAAAACAACUAUCAAUAUUAGAAAAUAUUUUAAAUAGAAAAAAACACGAAAUAAAAUUAUAUGCAAAUAAUAACAAAUCUUUAAAAUAUAAAAUUCAGUUAAAAGAAAGACAAAACAUAAAACUUGUUAGAGAAUAUGAUUAUUUAAAAUUUACAUAUUUCAAAUUACUAAAACAAAUAUAUGAAAUAAAAAAUUAUACAAAAAAUAUGGAUAAAGAAUAUUUAUCACUAAGAAAUGAACUACUUAAAAAAAAAAUACAAAAUGAAAAUCUUCUUAAAUAUUUGUCAACAUCAAAAACACUCUACAAAAAUCAAUUAAAAGAAAUACAAAAAAUACUAAUCAAAAAUAAAACAAAAAUAAAAUCAAAUAAACACACAAAAGAUAAAUUUAUUUUUUUUAAAAAAUAUAAAUUCUAUGUAUUCCUUUAUUUAAAUAAAUUGCAUUCUGCAAAAAAUAUAAAAGAUAAUACACAAAACAAUAAUUUAUGUCAUACUACAAAUUCUUUUCUUAUACAUUCAAAUGAUCGUCUUAGUAUUAUUACUCAAAAUAAUUAUAUUAAUCAAGUAGAUCAAAUAUAUGACGGAACAUCAAGCUUUUUAGAUACAUCGAAAUUUCAUAAUUAUUCUUUUGAAACGAUAGAAAAACAUAUCAAAAAUAAAUAUUCUACCUCAAAAGAAAAACAAAAUCAAAAAUUACACAAUCUUAAAAAGAAAUAUGACAUUAUAUUGUCAAAUGAUACGGAUUAUAAUAUCGUUGUAAAUCAGUUCAAAAAAAAAUUAAGAUGA